AAGGAAUAUCGAUAUAUUUUAUACUCAAGAAAGCAGCCAACUGUAGCUAUUUAAAAGUUUUUCCCCGUUUAUAUGUGCAAUUGGACGUUGAAACGUUGUUAAAUCAGUGACCGAGGGUGGAAUAAGAGCGUACGCCAACGAUGGAGGACAUUUUCCACUGGUGCCGCGAGGGAAACUCGAUUCAAGUGCGCCUGUGGCUGGAUGAAACGGAGCACGACAACAAUCUGGGAGACGACCAUGGCUUCAGUCCACUGCAUUGGGUGUCAAAGGAGGGGCAUGUCAAGCUGGUGGAGACGCUGUUGCAGCGAGGAGCGAGGGUGAAUGCCACCAACAUGGGCGACGACAUCCCACUGCAUUUAGCCGCAGCCCACGGUCAUCGAGAUGUAGUUCAAAUGUUAAUAAAAGAACGAAGUGACGUGAACGCCAUUAACGAGCAUGGAAACACCCCGCUGCACUAUGCCUGCUUCUGGGGCUACGACAUGAUCUGCGAGGACCUUCUGAACGCCGGCGCCCUAGUGGGAAUUGCCAACAAGGAUGGGCAUACACCCAUCGACAAAGCCAAGCCUAGUCUGGCCAAACGUCUCCAGGAUCUGGUGGAGAAGAGCGGCAAGGAGGUGAAGGUCAUCAGUUUCAAGGAGCAGAGCUGGCAGGGACUGAAAACUCGGUCCCGGGACGCUACUCUGUCGAGGUUUAAGGGAAUCAGCAUGGGUGAUUUGGACCUGCACACCAAGUUGUCUGUCACCUCGUCCGGGGAAACAUGGAGGGGUCGUUGGCAAAAGAAUGAUGUGGUGGCCAAAAUCUUGGCUGUGCGUCAGUGCACGCCACGCAUUUCUAGAGAUUUUAACGAGGAGUUUCCCAAGCUGCGCAUCUUUUCGCAUCCCAAUAUUUUGCCCAUUAUUGGAGCUUGUAAUUCACCACCCAACUUGGUGACCAUUAGUCAGUUCUUGCCAAGAUCAUCGCUAUUUAAUCUUCUACAUGGAGGCACUGGCGUGGUGGUGGAUGCCAGUCAAGCAAUCAAGUUCGCCCUGGACAUUGCCCGGGGUAUGGCCUUCCUGCACUCCCUGGAACGGAUCAUACCGACCUAUCACUUGAACAGCCAUCACGUGAUGAUCGAUGACGACCUGACGGCGAGGAUCAACAUGGGAGACGCGAAGUUCUCCUUCCAGGAGAAAGGCCGCAUCUACCAGCCCGCCUGGAUGUCACCGGAGGCUCUUCAGCGCAAGCAAGCCGAUCGUAACUGGGAGGCUUGCGACAUGUGGAGCUUCGCUAUACUCAUCUGGGAGCUGACUACGCGCGAGGUGCCCUUUGCCGAGUGGUCGCCCAUGGAAUGCGGCAUGAAGAUCGCCCUGGAGGGCCUGAGGGUCAAGAUUCCACCGGGCACCUCGUCGCAUAUGGCCAAACUGAUAGGAAUCUGCAUGAACGAGGAUCCCGGCAAGCGGCCCAAGUUCGAUAUGGUGCUGCCAAUUCUGGAGAAGAUGAAGCGUUGAGAUCGAUGAAGGAAACAACGAACGCCAAGCCAAAAUGUGCCUUGAAAUACUUCGUUUUGCCAACUAAUUGUAAUUACUACUUUGUGUUACCUUUCUCUAACUGAGCCUAACCAAACUCCGAAGUCCGAACUCCCAAAUCCGAACCGAAACGGCAACCAAGAAUUUAUGUUUCUCUGUCUCACUGUUGUCUCUACUUAUGAUUUUUUUUCCGUCAACGUAUUGUGCGGGUGCUCGAUUCUGUCGUUAAUGUUAAGUUCGAUAACCGUUAGGAUCGUAUUUAUACAGAAAUAUAUUUGUUAUACUAAUUAUUUAAAAAGAAUAUUUUGUACCUUCUGGUACAACCGACAUGA